AUUUUGAGGAGAAUCCAACUUACUGCCUGCUGGUUUUCGACUAAAACGGCAUGUUUUUCAACGUUCAAUCCAAAAUACCUGAUUUCCUGGUUUUGGAAUAUGGGUGCAAGAGACUUUUUGACUAUAAAUCCUACAGCUGCAAAACAGCGCCCUCUGCCACCGCUGCAUUAAAAACGCUCCGACUGAAAAGGUCCCGUCCAGUGCGGCGGUUGCUGUCGCUUUAACAGGUCCAUCAUGCCUUGCAGUGCCCCAGUUCUGUUCCCACGUAAUUUACAAGCCCCCCCCAACCCCCUCCCACACCGAUGUGCACGCACCAGUAGAGAGCGAGGGAGAAAGCGGGAGCGAGCCGCGAACCCCGACGCUCCGUGUCGGAUGUCCGGUGAGUGGAGCGAGCGAGCCGAGUGUUUACAUGCACAUGCGGCGGCGGCGUGACGCGCAUCGGCCCGCAGGAGACGAUCCCCCCCGGCCCCCCUUCUUCCUAUCCAUUCCCGCAAAGUAGCCUGAGCAGGGGACCGUUUUUCUUUAAAUCUAUAGGGGAAUAACCGCAUGGAGGGGAACAUGCGUGAGCAUAACAGGACACUGUGAGAAGAUGGCCAGCGAAUCCCUUAACACCCCCUUGUGGUGUGGAGGAAUGAGGGUGUCUGGAUGAAGGCCAUGGAGCUGAAAGUCUGGGUGGACGGCGUACAGCGCAUCGUGUGCGGCGUUACAGAGUUCACCACCUGCCAAGAAGUGGUCAUCGCGCUCGCUCAAGCCAUCGGUCGCACAGGCAGAUACACCUUAAUUGAGAAAUGGAGGGAAACGGAGCGCCAUCUCGCGCCCCAGGAGAAUCCCGUGGUGUCGCUCAACAAAUGGGGCCAGUACGCCAGUGACGUGCAGCUUAUCCUCCAGCGGACCGGCCCGUCCGUUAGCGAGCGCCCCCCGCCGGACGGGCUGGCCCGCGGGUCGGAGCGAGCUUUCUACCGCCAGAGCUUACCCCCACUGGCCAAGCUGCGCCCCUCGGGGGCCGAUCGUUCGCUCAAGCGAAGGGAGCCAAAACGCAAGUCUCUGACUUUCAGCGGAGGGGCGAGAGGUCUGCGGGAGAUCUUUGGGAAAAACAGAGAUGCCGAAGGCAAGAACACCCAGCAGCGCGGCGUAAGCUUGAACCUCAGCCGGGUAAUCAGGGGCGAAAGCGGUGGCGGGUCAUCCUCGGUGCCGAGCAGUCCGGCGCGAGAGCUGGGGCGACUGGUCCGUCUGCAGAGAGACAAACUGCAGGUUCUGGAAAGCCGUCUUCUGUGCUGCGAGGCCGAGCUGCGGGAAUGGGAGGAGGCCAGCGAGGAAGGAUGCCUGGAAGAGGAGCUUCUGCUCUUGGAGCAGCAGGUGAGAAGGAACGACGCCGAGAUGGACGAGGAGGAAUUCUGGCAGAACGAGCUGCUCAUCGAGCAGGAGAGCGAGCGGCAACUUCGGCAACAGCUGGCCGAGCUGCAGGCCCGGGUGCGCGACUGCGAGGCUAAGCUUUCCGAAUACUUAGCGCGCAUUCAGAGCAUGGAGGGUGGCCUCCAGCAAGAGCGUCUGCUGCAGGACGAUGAACUCAGUCACGUGAUCAAUGAAGAGGAGGUGGAGGCCCAACUGGAGAAAGUGACAACAGAGCUGGACUUGCAGAGCCAGCACACGGCUCGCUUGGAGAGCGGCUGCAGGGCGUUGGAACGCUCGCUCGGCCAGUCCGGCAAAAGACUUCAGGAGAAAGAGCAGGAGCUGGAGCAGCUGACUAAAGAGCUUCGGCAGGUCAACCUGCAGCAGUUCAUUCAGCAGACGGGCACCAAGGUCACCGUGCUGCCGGCACAGCCAACGACUGAGGACGACGACAACAACAAUGAGGAAGAUUGUGGAUCUCUGCGACGCCUCUUACCCAGCAAUCUUCACUCCCUGCAAAGCAGCACUUCAUCUGGUCUUAACCCGGAAGGCAUCUACGUUUAAACAAACGGUAAAAAUAUGUUGGCGGUAGGUUAGCCUGAUGUCAUGCGACCCCGAGUUGGACUUUUUCUGAACUACCUGUAGGACUUCAAGUGAUGUCAAUACGCAGUGCAUUUGCAACUUUUCAUAUCUAAUAUGUUUAACGAUUGUGUAUAUAGAUAUAUAUAUGUAAGGAGAAAAACAAGAAAAGUCAGGCCAGCAAAUGAACUUUUUUUCCUAUCGGAAUGCUAAGAAUCAUCAAUAGUGGAGAAUUUUAUCAGGAUGUGAAGGAUGCAUACGCGCACGAGCAUGCACAAGCAUAGUCGAAUAUUUGAUUGCCUUACUCUGAUGUGCUGGAACUGCGCAUCAAGUGAACUCAAGGUAGCUAGCGUCGAUUUCGCUUUUGGGGAGAAAAAAAAAAGGGUUUUGACCAAUUCAGGGGAAUUCGCAGCUGUCAAGAUUUCUUUUGUAUUGAUUUCAAGGAUGAAGAUAAAUGGAGGGAAGCUGGGAAAUGAUUUCCUUCCGUCGCGCGUCAACGAUUUAGGUUUGCAAAGCCGAGAGCCAUUAAUCUCUGCUUUUUGUUCCAGUCUUAACAAUUUCUCUUCGAAAUCAAGAAACGAGAGCGACGUCUGCCUUUUGUAGCCUGCAGGCGUGAACAUCCUAAAUUGGCCACUAGGUGGUAGCAAAACCAAGAUUAUGCAGUUUUUUGAAUGCUCACGCUCCAUUUUUAAUUAUGCAUCUUUAAUGUGUCUCUCGUGUUGACUAAAGCAGGGACUGUAGUAUUUUUAUUAAACAAAAGAUGUCUACAAUGAACCAAAGCUAGUGUGACAAAACAUGAAUAUAAAGGUUAGAUGAAUGUAUUUUUUUAUACAUGCGAGAAAGCAUCCAUUUGAUUCAAACAAGGGGAAAUGCAGUAUUGUAGUAGUACUAGUAGUGACUGACUGGGACACUGUAAUCUACUAAUAAGAGAAUAACGGCAUGCCUUACUCAAGAGGAAAGUGUAAAUAACAUCUCAGCUGCACUACUUUGAAAGUGUGCAUCGAAAAAAAAAAACAUGCAAAAACAAAAAAAUCAUUUUUGCUUUGAAUGAUCGUAAAAAAAUCAAGCCGCGGCAAAGCUGGGUUGUUUUCCCACAUGUACAAAUGUCGCCUGUUAUUGAUUUCUGUUGUGCCAUAUAUGUUGAUUUUCAAUAAAAUGUGCAAAUACUACACAAGUGAGCUGAUAUUGACUGAGCUUCGUAGCAAGAAGGUACUGAGUUUAAAGUGCGUAUGACGCAAAAAAACAUGUUUAUUUCAUAUUUCAUGCGGUCUUUUAUGCUCCUGAAUAAAAUGGACCGCUUGGAUGUGUGUGGAAGCUAUCGUUUUAAAUAUGGCGGAAAACACAGACAAGACUGAAAAAGCAGUUUGUGCUCUUGCACCCCUUUUUAAAAUAAACGGAUGUAUUUUAAGCCGAUAGAACAAUAUGUCUAUAUGCUGCCAUAGCAGAUUCAUGGAGCAUUAAGCCCCCGAGCUAUUUUUAAUUUGUCCGUAUUACCCUGGAAACCCCCGUUUACAGACGUCGCGCAACCACUUUUGUUUCAACCCAGCCAUAAAAAGAAGGUAAGUAAUUAUUAGGGU